UUGUUUCAGCACCGUUGGAGUGCCAAGCCGUGAAAAGCAUUUGGCCAGAAGACAAGGUGGUGUCCUUUUCAGCUUGGAGGAGGGAGCCUCCUUCUGGAACCAGAUGUUGACCUGGAGAAUCUUCUUCGCUUCCAUGAUCUCGACCUUCACCUUGAACUUCUUCAUGAGUAUCUACCACAACAAGCCGGGAGAUUUUAGUAACCCAGGUCUCAUCAACUUUGGACGCUUUGACAACGAUAGCACGGAGUACUACCUGUAUGAGAUUCCUCUGUUUAUCGUCAUGGGAGCCUUCGGUGGAUUGCUGGGAGCACUGUUCAACGUCCUGAACUACUGGCUCACCAUCCUCAGGAUCAGGUAUAUCCACCGGCCCUGCCUGCAGGUGAUCGAGGCCAUACUGGUUGCUGCCGUGACGGCCACUGUGUUCUUCACUAUGAUCUACUUCUCCAACGACUGCCAGCCCCUGGGGGAGGAUCAGCUGGAGGAAUACCCCUUGCAGCUGUUCUGUGCUGAUGGCGAGUACAAUUCCAUGGCCACGAUCGUCUUCAACACCCCGGAGAGGAGUGUCCGCAGCCUGUUCCACAGCCCCGCAGGUUCCUACAAUCCCGUGACCCUGGGAAUCUUCACCAUCACCUACUUCUUCCUGGCCUGCUGGACAUACGGCCUGACUGUGUCCGCCGGGGUCUUCAUCCCCUCGCUGCUCAUCGGCGCCGCCUGGGGGCGGCUCUUUGGCAUUUUGCUGGCCUCCAUUACGCCGCACAAUUCCAUACAGACCUUGGCCGACCCUGGGAAGUACGCUCUGAUUGGAGCCGCCGCCCAGCUUGGUGGGAUCGUGAGGAUGACCCUCAGCCUGACUGUCAUCAUGGUGGAAGCCACCGGAAAUGUCACCUACGGCCUACCCAUAAUGCUGGUUCUGAUGACGGCGAAGAUCGUGGGCGAUUAUUUCGUGGAGGGGCUAUACGACAUCCACAUCAAGCUGCAGAGUGUGCCCUUCCUGCACUGGGAUGCCCCAGCCACCUCCCACUCCCUGACUGCCAGGGAGGUUAUGAGCUCUCCAGUAACCUGCUUCAACCUGGUGGAGAAAGUGGGCACUAUUGUGGAUGUGCUCAGCAACACCUCGACCAAUCACAACGGGUUCCCUGUAGUCUCCGGGUUGAGUGAUGGCUGUGAGCCAGGGAAAAUCUGUGGCUUAAUCCUGCGUUCCCAGCUUAUCGUGCUCCUGAAACACAAGGUGUUUGUGGAACGGGCUCGUUCUCGUCUCAAUCUGCGCAAACUGCAGCUGAAGGACUUCCGGGAUGCCUACCCUCGCUUCCCUCCGAUCCAGUCCAUCCAUGUGUCCCAAGACGAGAGGGAGUGCAUGAUGGACCUGACGGAGUUCAUGAAUCCCACCCCCUACACUGUCACGCAGGAGACGUCGCUUCCUCGUGUCUUCAAGCUGUUCAGGGCCCUUGGUCUGCGGCACCUCAUUGUGGUGGACAGUGACAACCAGGUGGUGGGACUGGUGACGCGGAAGGACCUGGCCCGUUACCACCUGGGCAAAGACGGCCUGGAGGAGCUGCAGCUGGCACAGACGUGAUGCGUGGAAGGCGACUGCCGCGCUGCUCACCAGGCCAACCCCCCCUGCCCCCAGUCAGCCCCCGCCAGAACCCGCACCGGUCGUGCAUUUCAGCAAAGUCCGGAACCCGGGAUGCCAAUGACUGACUUUCUGGUUUCGUUCACCGAGGGUUGGUUGUGAUGGGGGAGGGGAUCGAUUCCAUGUGUGUUUUGCGACUUUUUGUUGCCCCCUCCCAGUUUGCACAUAAAAUAAUUUAUCCGUUAUGUUUUUAAAGCACUUCAGAGAGAGAGAGUGUGUGUGUGUGUGUGUGUGUGUGUGGUUCUACACACACUUGGGUGUCAGUCCCGCUCUGUGGUCAUUUGCAAAGCUUUGGUAGCAUUGUGAUAUACAUUAGUGUAAAUGUGUAAAAAGCAUUUCAAGCUGUGUGUGUGAGAGAGAGAGAGAGAGAGAGAGAGAGAGAUUAGCCAGGCCAAUAACGUUCCUCUUUUACUCAGAGUUUUUUGAGUGUGGUCUAUUGACAGAGGGUACCACAGUUUUCUUGUGACUUUAGUUUUACUUUAGGGGAAGUUAAUUUUCCUCUCCCAGAUAAUUGUCUUGCACAUUGUACCAUUAACCAAUGCCUCCCACCCCUCCCAUGCCAGUGUAGG